GAGCCACUUCUUUCUCUCUCCUCUGUAUUUCUCUCUCAUCUGUCUUUCUCUCUCUCUCUCUCUCCUCUCAGUGCACAUGCACUGAAACUAAUAGAAAUGAAAUGGCGCAUUGAUGAAGUCAAUAAUCAAAACCCACAAUCCAAAAAUUCCUUUUCACACUCCAAUCCUUCCGUUGAUUAUCCAUUUCAUCAAGAACCUCAACAAAUUCCUCCAUUAUUCCUUUCUUCUUCUUCAUCCAUUUACUUCUCUCUCUCUCUAUCUAAAAGCUUCUCAGACCUCCCAUGGCGACUCUCGGUGAUAUUGGAGUUUCUGCGUUAAUCAAUAUCAUCACUGCUUUUGUGUUUCUUCUUGCUUUUGCUCUCUUGCGAAUUCAACCGAUUAACGACAGAGUUUAUUUUCCAAAAUGGUACAUCGAUGGCGGCCGAAAUAGCCCGCGAGGCUCGAGGAAUUUCGUCGGGAAAUAUGUUAAUCUCAACAUUUUGACUUAUCUCACUUUCUUGAACUGGAUGCCUGCGGCUUUGAAGAUGAGUGAGGCUGAAAUUAUUAGUCACGCUGGGUUUGAUUCUGCUGUUUUUCUCAGAAUUUACACUCUCGGGUUGAAGAUAUUCUUCCCAAUCGCCAUUGUUGCUCUUGUUGUUCUUAUCCCAGUCAAUGUGUCUAGUGGAACACUGUUCUUCUUGAGGAAAGAAUUGGUUGUAAGUGACAUUGAUAAGCUAUCGAUAUCGAAUGUUAGUCCCGAAUCUAUAAGGUUUUUUGUUCAUAUAGGAUUGGAGUAUUUGUUCACCCUGUGGAUUUGUUUCAUGCUUUACAAAGAAUACGACAACGUAGCACAAAUGAGAAUGAAUUUCUUGGCAUCUCAACGCAGACGUGCCGAGCAAUUCACCGUGUUGGUUAGGAACGUGCCACAUGUUUCUGGUCGCUCGACCUCAGAUACCAUCGAUCAGUUCUUUCAUAAAAAUCAUCCCGAACAUUAUCUUUCUCAUCAGGCCAUAUAUAAUGCCAACAAGUUUGCUAAGCUAGCAAAAAAAAGAGCAAGGUUCCAGAAUUGGUUGGACUACAAUCUACUUAAGUUUGAAAGACAUCCCGACAAGAGACCGACUAGAAAGGUAGGAUGCUUCGGACUUUGUGGUAGCAGAGUCGAUUCUAUCGAAUACUACAAACAACAAAUUAGGGAUCUCGAUGCUAGAAUGGCAUUGGAGAGACAGAAAAUUAUCAAAGAUUCAAAAGAAAUAUUACCAGUUGCUUUCGUUUCGUUUAAUACUCGUUGGGGCGCCGCAGUUUGUGCACAGACUCAACAGAGUAAGAAUCCCACGUUAUGGCUGUCGAAUUGGGCUCCGGAACCUCGUGAUGUUUACUGGAAGAACCUUGCGAUACCAUUUGUUUCUCUAAGCAUCAGAAAACUAAUCAUAUCCUUGUCGGUUUUCGCUCUCGUGUUCUUCUACAUGAUACCAAUUGCUUUCGUACAAUCACUAGCCAAUCUGGAAGGUCUCGAACGAGUUGCCCCGUUCCUAAGGCCGGUGAUAGAAUUGAAGUUUGUCAAGUCAUUUUUACAGGGUUUCCUUCCUGGUUUGGCUCUCAAAAUCUUUCUAUAUAUACUUCCAACAGUUCUAAUGAUCAUGUCGAAAAUUGAGGGACAUGUAGCGGUUUCGAUGCUCGAACGAAGGGCCGCGGCUAAGUACUAUUAUUUCAUGCUGGUGAAUGUGUUCUUGGGAAGUAUUGUGACUGGUACAGCUUUUGAGCAACUGGAUUCCUUCAUUCACCAAUCUCCUACCCAAAUUCCCCGAACGAUUGGAGUUUCCAUACCGAUGAAGGCUACAUUCUUUAUUACAUAUAUAAUGGUUGAUGGGUGGGCUGGAAUAGCGAGCGAGAUUCUUCGGUUGAAACCGCUGGUCAUCUUUCAUCUCAAGAAUCUGUUUAUAGUGAAAACUGAUAGAGAUAGAGAGAAGGCAAUGGACCCAGGAAGUGUUGAAUUCCCCGAAACUUUACCGAGCUUACAACUGUACUUCUUACUGGGAAUUGUCUAUGCUGUGGUCACCCCGAUUCUUCUCCCGUUUAUACUCGUCUUCUUCGCAUUUGCAUACUUGGUUUACCGCCAUCAGAUCAUCAAUGUAUAUAAUCAGCAAUAUGAAAGUGUUGGUGCCUUCUGGCCUCAUGUCCACAGCCGCAUCAUAGCAAGCUUGUUGAUAUCUCAACUACUUCUAUUGGGUUUGCUCAGUACAAAAAAGGCUGCCAAUUCAACUCCGCUGCUUGUCGCCUUACCGAUAUUGACGUUAUUCUUCCACAAGUACUGCAAGAACCGGUUCGAACCCGCAUUUCGUAAAUACCCUCUCGAGGAAGCGAUGGAUAGAGAUACACUGGAGAAGAGCACGGAACCCGACGUAAAAGCAUUCUUAGCGGAUGCAUACUUGCAUCCCAUUUUCAGGUCUUUUGAGGAAGAAGAGUUAGCAGAGGUUAAGGUAGAGAAACAAAAAUCUCCAGUUCAUGAUGACAGUUCAGUGAGUGAACUGAGCUCUCCUUCACCACCACACAGAGUGGAUGAUCUUCAUCAUACUCAGUCCCCACCUCAUUAUAUUUAUCAUCCACAGUCCUCUCCUCAUUUUGUAUAUUCUUCACAUCCAUCACAUCAUUAUGCCUAUACUUAUGAUCCUUAGCCUUAGAACACAAAAAUAAAUCAAUAUAGUUAUGAUCCUCUUACCUAAUUGCUUUAACUAAACUUUUAUGUUUAUCUUUGAUUAAUUGUAAUUAUUUCUCAUCUUCUCAAUGAAUGUUUGUGUAGUUUCGAUUC